AUGUGCCCACCACUCGGAGCAAUAUCUGCCCAAUUAACUGAUUCCACAGAAUUCCCAGAAUGUCUGCCACCAGAUGAUCUCUCCCGGGGCGCCUACAAGCUCGCACAAUCAUGCCUACCCCCCGCCAUCUUGAACCACAGUGUCCGUGUCUUUCGUAUUGGAGAAUGGCUUGCCAAGAUAUCUCAGUCGAACUGGGCAUACGAGAAAAGGAGUCUCCUUUUUGUGGCCUGCAUCCUCCAUGACACCGGCUGCGCCACUCAGUUCGAUGGUCCCCAGCGUUUCGAAGUUGAAGGCGCUGAUGCAGCCGCAAACUAUCUUCGCCAAUAUAAAGUCGCCGACUCUGAUGUACACGAAGUCUGGCAGGCUAUUGCUCUGCACACCAGCCCGGGUAUUGCGGAGCGUAUCAGUGUUUUGGCCCGUCUUGUCCGUCAAGCGGUUCUUAUCGACUUCGGUACCCAGUUGGAUCAGGAAAGCCGGGAUGUUCGACAUGCUGCUGAGGAGGCAUUUCCACGGCUUGGUAUCGAAAAGAUUCUAGGGGAUGUUGUCGUUGACCAAGCAUUGAGGCAGCCUCAAAAAGCACCGCCGGCUUCGUGGCCUGGCGUUUUGUUACGGGCAAAAAGGGAAUGGCCCGAAUCUGACGGUGUCAACAAGGGGUUUUGA